CUCCAAGUAUUUCAAGUAAAGUUGAUAUUUUAAAAAACCAACGAAAAGAUGAUGUAUUAAUGAAACAACAACGAGAAAUUGUACAAAGAGACAUAUCUGCUUCUUCUUCUUCUCAAAGCGAUCAUAGCCAUAUUAUGAAUGAAUUAGAUAAAAUCAUCGUCAAACAUAAUGAUGAUGUCAUAAGGCAUGGUGGUAUAAUGGCCAGGCAAAAUAGUACCACUUUAGAAAAUGAACAAAAUUUAAAAAUUUUUAGAAAAAGUAGUAUGAAAAAAAAUAAGAACAAUAGAAAUGAUACCGUAAGUUGGCAUAGAUUCGGAAGUGGUCCAAAUAAUCGUGCUUCAAUAAGAGGAUUAUUACAAAGAGUUGAAAAAGUUGAUGAAAGUCCUCCCCCUGGUGGGAAUGAGUCCUAUCCUUAUCUAUAA